CCUCUGGCAGCGCCGUCACUUUAGACCUUGUCGACCACCAAUACUAUAAAUUUACGUAUUCCAACUUAACAGUUUCACCCUCGAUCAUUGCAUACACAACUCAAGAUGAAGGUUUUGGUUGUGAGUUUGAUUUUCAUACACUCAGUUUUCAAUAUGUUUGUCUGCUGCUUUAGCUCUUCGAUCAAUCUGAUACCCCGUGGGAACGAAACUGAUAGGAUGGCGUUGCUCGCCAUCAGAGCUCAAAUAACGGAGGACCCCAAUCAGUUCCUGAGUACAUGGAGCGAAUCGUCUCAUGACUUCUGCCUAUGGCGCGGCGUCACAUGCAGUCGAAGGCAUCGACAAAGGGUUACUAGGUUGGACCUAGGCGAACAAAACUUGGCGGGCUCCAUAUCCCCACACAUAGGAAAUAUAAGCUUCCUAAUGGAGCUGUAUUUCCAGAACAACAGUUUGAGCGGCCAAAUCCCACCAGAAAUUGGGCGUUUGCGUAGAUUGCAGGUACUACGUUUGAACGUCAAUUCACUAAGUGGUUUUAUUCCUGUCAAUAUAUCCAAUUGUCUCAACCUCGUUCUUCUUAGUUUCGGUUACAAUCGGUUAGAGGGUAUUAUUCCUAGAGAGUUUGGAUCCUUCCCAAAACUCGAAAGACUGGUUCUUCAGUAUAAUACCUUAGCAGGAGAGAUCCCUGACUCAUUGGGGAACCUUUCUUCUCUUGAUAUGCUUGCUUUCUCUGGAAAUAACCUGUCGGGUAAAAUCCCUAAUUCCCUUGGUCAGUUGACAAAAAUAACAAUUUUCACAUUAGGCUUAAAUAAUUUGUCUGGUAUAAUCCCUCCCUCCAUUUCUAAUCUGUCCAAUCUAGUUAUUUUUGACAUACAACAAAAUCAAAUUCGAGGUUCUAAUCCAUUAGCCUUGACCAAAAGUUCUCCAAAUCUCGAAAGCUUUUGCAUUUCUUGGAAUCACUUUACUGGAUCCAUUCCUGUGUCAAUGUCCAACGCCACAAAUUUAGUGGAGUUUCAAGUUCAUGGAAACAAACUAACCGGAAAAGUGCCAAAUUUACAGAAGCUUGUUAACCUUGAAUUAUUGACACUUUACGACAAUCAACUCGGAACUGGUACUGAUGGCGACAUGAGUUUUGUCUCGGACUUGACCAAUGCCACAGAGUUAAAGUGGUUAAUUUUGUACCUGAACAACUUUGGAGGGACGUUGCCCGCAUCCAUAUCCAAUCUCUCAACCAAGCUUGAAAUCUUUGGGGUUCAAGGAAACCAUCUAUAUGGGAACAUCCCAGCUGGGAUAAGCAACCUUGUCAACUUGCAGUUAUUAAGUUUUGGGUUGAACAACUUCACAGGUAACAUCCCUACAGGCAUUGGAAAGCUUACAAGGAUUGACCAAUUAAUUUUUGAAAGCAACCAAUUAUCAGGGAGCAUUCCAAUCUCUCUUGAAAAUUUAACAAUGUUAAGCAAACUUGAGUUGCAAGGAAAUAACCUUCGAGGAAAUAUCCCUUCAAGCCUAGGGAAAUGCCGCAUGUUAUUGCACCUGGAUCUUUCUCAAAAUAACUUGAACGGCACAAUACCUCAAGAAGUUGUAGGCCUCACCUCCUUAUCAAUUUCUUUGAACUUGUCUGGAAACCAGUUAACAGGCUCUCUUCCAAUGGAGAUGGGAAAGUUGAUCAAUUUAGGCAAAUUAGAUUUUUCUGAUAACAUGUUAUCAGGAGAACUUCCAAGUAGUCUUGGUUCUUGUGUGAAUUUAGAAGUCAUGCAAUUGCAAGGCAACUUGUUCAAUGGGUCAAUUCCUUCCGCGAUGGUUUCAUUGAGAGGGAUUCAAUAUUUGGACCUUUCUCGCAACAAUUUGUCUGGUGAAAUUCCACAAUUUUUAGAGGGAUUUGCUAUGAACGGUUUGAACCUAUCUUUCAAUGAGUUUUGGGGAGAGGUACCAAUUGAAGGUGUUUUUAAAAAUGCAAGUUCGAUUUCGGUUGCCGGAAACGCCAGGUUAUGCGGUGGUAUUUCUAAUCUCCAACUUCCGAAGUGCAAUUCCAAGGUGUCCAAGAAUGGCAGAUUGUCCCCUAGAUUGAUAUUAAUAAUCUCUUUAGUAUCCGGGUUUGCAUUUCUUGGAAUAGUGAUGGUUAUUUCCUUUUUAUUUGUUCGUUCAUCAAGAAAGAAACACAAAGGAACUGCACCUAGCACUUUGGGAAACUCUUGUUUGCAAGUGUCUUAUAAUACUCUGCUCAAAGCAACUGAUGGGUUCUCUCCAGCUAAUUUGAUUGGCGUGGGUGGUUUUGGAUCUGUGUACAAAGGACUUCUUGACGACUAUGAAGCUCAGCCUGUUGCUGUCAAGGUAUUCAACAUGUUACGCCAAGGAGCCUCUAAGAGUUUCAUAGCUGAGUGUGAAGCAAUGAGAAAUAUCAGGCACCGAAAUCUUGUCAAGGUUAUUACUGCAUGUUCAAGUGUUGAUUUUCGUGGUAAUGAUUUCAAGGCUUUGGUGUAUGAGUUCAUGGACAACGGGAGCUUAGAGGAGUGGUUGUACCCAACUACGGGAGCACCCAAGAAUUUGAGUCUUGUUCAGAGGCUCGACAUCGCCAUUGAUGUUGCCUUUGCAUUGGAUUAUCUUCAUAAUCAAUGUGAGACACCAAUUGUUCAUUGUGAUCUCAAGCCCAGCAAUGUUCUUUUGGGAAAAGAAUUGACGGGACAUGUUUCUGACUUUGGCCUGGUAAGAUUUCUCACAAACCAAACCAGUAAUGUUCUGGGAAAUCAAACAAGUUCCCUUGGAAUAAGAGGAUCUAUUGGCUACGCCGCUCCAGAGUAUGGUAUGGGAAGUAAGGUUGCAACAAACGGGGACAUCUACAGCUUUGGCAUUCUCUUGUUAGAGAUGUUCACGGCGAAGAGGCCCACUGACCACAUGUUUAGUGAUAGUUUCAACCUCCAUAAUUUUGUCAAGGUGGCUUUACCUCAGCAGAUUACUGAGGUUGCAGAUUCACUGCUUCUUCACGAAGGAGGAAACUCAGGCGCAAGCACUAGUACUGCCACUCCCAGUCAAUUCAGAAUGACUACUGAAAAAAUCCAAGUGUGUUUGAGUUUAAUAUUUGGAAUUGGAAUCGCAUGUUCUGUGGAGUCCCCAGGAGACCGAAAGGAUAUCAACGAAGCUAUAUCUGAAUUGCUAUCUGCAAGGGUUGUUCUUCUUGGAUAGAAGAUUUUGCCACUAUCUUAUGGUGCGAGUGUGGCGGUCAACUGUGCUUCUUCAGAUAAUGAAAAUAAAGGGGCGCCUCCUGUUUAAGGCUGCCUCAAUCCUUACUUUAUUAAUAAUUUUGUCUUCUUCUUUUUCAAUUUUCGUUUCCUGCCUCUUGCAGCAGUGAAGUUUUAUCGCUGAAGCUGAUCAAAAAAUCGAAGUGUACACCAAUGAUGUACAUUAUUGUAUAUAUUGUGUAAACCUUUAUCUUUAGUCUCAAAUUUCAAACAC